ACACGGAACUGGAGUGCCAGUUCACGGUCGAGCGCUGUGUGUGUGAUUCAGAUAAUUAUGCGAGAUUUCCUUUACAUCUAUUUGUAUUAACAAUUUGUGGAGAUCUGCUACACGACUAUAUUCCCACACUGCUGUGAGGUCAGCGCGAUUAGUGGCUAUUCCCUGCAAAAUAUUUGGUGAUGCGCGCGGCGAGCUCUGCCAGACGAGAGGCCAUAGUAACAACACACAGCUCGUCUCAACUUAUCUCACAAUGCAGUCUUACUCCUCCCAAGGAAAGCUGGUGCGGAAUGGGGAGAAGAAUAAGUUAGUGAUCUGUAUAGAGGGGAAUAUUGCUAGUGGGAAGACAACAUGCCUGGAGUAUUUCAGCAAAACCAGUAACAUUGAGGUGCUGACUGAGCCAGUUUCCAAAUGGAGGAAUGUUCGAGGACACAACCCCCUGGGGUUAAUGUACCAGGACCCUACUCGAUGGGGCAUCACUCUACAGACUUAUAUCCAGCUAACCAUGCUGGACCAACACCUCUCAACAAUAUCCGCCCCAAUGAGAAUGAUGGAAAGGUCCAUCUACAGUGCCAAGUACAUCUUUGUGGAAAAUCUUUACAGAAGUGGGAAGAUGCCCGAGGUGGACUUUGCUGUUCUUAGUGAGUGGUUUGAGUGGAUCACUCAGAACAUUGCCAUUCCGGUGGAUCUUAUCGUUUAUCUCCAGUCGUCUCCACAGACCUGCCAUGAGAGGCUAAAAGAGAGAUGCAGGGAGGAGGAGAAGAUCAUUCCUUUGGAAUAUUUAGAGGCAAUCCAUCAGCUGUAUGAAGACUGGCUGAUAAAGAAAACAUCCUUCAAUGUUCCUGCUCCAGUCCUUGUAAUUUCGGCAGACGAUGACCUGCAGAAGAUGAUCCUCCAGUAUGAGGAGAACAGAGAGAAGAUUUUAUCAGGGAGCAAUGUGUGACUGAAGUACAGUGCCUUCGAAAAUGAUUCAGACCCCUAGACUUUUUCAAUAUUUUGUUAGGUUACAGCCUUAUUCUAAAAUUGAUUAAAUUGUUUUUUUCCCCCUCA